AUGGGGGGACACCCCGCCGCCCCCGUGGCGACGGCCCACGUCAGCCUGCCCCGCUCCUGGCCCUCGGCGCAUUCCGUCACCAACAUCCUGGGAAUCCGCACCUUCGUGGAGCAGACGGGGGCUCUGGCUGGGACAGAGGGGUCUGCCUACCCCCCAAAAAUGGAAGACUGGACCAGCGUGAACAGGACGGCCUUCCCCCCGGCCCAGGCGGUCAACGGCAUCGACAAAGCUGCUGUGGAAGGAGACAUCAAAUACCCGCAGCCCGCCCCGGGACUCUCCUCGGUGGGCACCUUCCUCCCGGCCUGCGCCUACCCCCCCUCCAACCAACACGGCGUCUACGGCAGCUCGGCCGGCGGCUACAUCCCCCCGGGCCACCCCUGGCAGCCCCAGGGAAGCCCCUUGGCCCACCCUGGACCCGGUGUGGCAAUGCACGGAGGCGACCUGGCCACGGUGAUGGCCUUCAAACAUCCCGGGAGAGAAGCCGUGGACAGAAAACCAACCAGUCCUGCGGGGAAAUCUCCGGACCCUCUCAACACUCUCCACGGACUCUCGAUCCCAGCCUCCUCUUCCUAG